UGUCAGUGUCAGCUGUUAGUGUAGACUAACUACGCUAAGUACUAUAUUAUUGUGAAUUACCUGUGGUAAUUAGAAUUUUGAGUUUCGUAAUAUCUUGCCACUGUUCAAAGUUAAUAUCUAUCAACAUGAAACAACAAUAACAACUUGGGUUCAGCUACAAUUCUACAAGAUGAUAAGAACAGCGAUACGAUUGACCCCAACGAUUGCUUUUCCUUUUUUCGAAAAGCGAAACGUAAAUGAUUAUAAUAAACUUCAUGAACCUGAACCACAAACGGCCAAUAGCGGUCUAGACAGAGUUAAGAAAAUGUUUCAAAGAGAUGAAUUUGAAGAAGUCUCGGUUGAACUUCACAAUGUUAUACAAGCAACACUAUCUGGUGCAUUUAUUGGUGCUUGCUUUGGAGGAUUUUUGAAAUCAAGAGAGGCUUAUGUAAAAUUUAUUGAAAGAAAUCAAGCAACUGCUUUUACAUCUACAAUACAAGCAAAGAAACAAUUACAAGAUUAUGUGACCAUUAGAUUUGCAAAAGGCGCAGUCCACUGGGGCUGGAGAUUGGGUUUAUUCACUGGAUGCUUUAGCCUAAUUACCACCGUGAUAGCGGUGUAUCGUGGAGAAUCUUCUUUAAUUGAUUACGUAAUGGCCGGUGCACUCACUGGAGGCAUUUAUAAAGCAAACUUAGGAGUUGCUGGCACUAUUGUUGGUGCUACUGUGGGUGGUGUUUUAAGUGCAUUUGGUGGGCUACUAAUUUUGAACAUUUUAAAAAUCACUGGAGUAUCCAUGGAGGAUGUAAGAAGAGUUUUGUACAAUAUCAAAUUAGCAAGAGAAGAUCAAUACAACCAGGUGUUGGAGAAGUCAGCUAAAGAAAAACACGACAAUCUAACGAGACAUCAUGAUAAAUUGAUCAGUGAAAAGGGAGAGAAGAAAAUUGAAGAAAUUUCAUAAUUUAGUUAUAUUUUU